AUGAUGUUCCAAGACCUGUGCCGAGCCAAGAUGGGAUGGGAUGAUGAUUUGCCAGAAGACAAACUGAGACAGUGGCAGCGAUGGUGCACAGACCUGAAGAACCUACAGGAGUUCUCGAUCCCCCGUUGCAUAAAGCCAGAGGAUUUUGGCGUGAUAGCUGACUGUACUCUGCACCAUUUCUCAGACGCCUCAGAGAGAGGAUUUGGUAGUGCGUCUUACGUACGUCUGGAAAACCAGGAGGGUCAGGUGCAUUGUGCCUUGGUAAUGGCUAAGGGAAAGCUAGCUCCGAUUAAAGUCACAACCAUUCCAAGGCUUGAGCUGACAGCAGCUUGUGAGUCGAUUAAACUAGACAGGAUAUUACGAAAGGAAUUGGAAAUCCCCAUCAACAACUCUGUGUUCUGGACGGACAGCAUGAUCGUGCUGCAUUACAUCAAAAAUGAGACUAGAAGAUUUCAGACGUUUGUGGCCAACAGAGUUGCGAAAAUCCAUGAAGGCUCGUCACCAACACAGUGGAGGCAUGUGGACACUGAGAACAACCCUGCCGAUGACGUGUCCCGGGGCUUGAUGGCUGACGAGUUGAUCGCCAACACCAGGUGGAACGACGGACCCGGAUUCCUGCAGAAGCCAGAUGAGGAGUGGCCACAAACACCAGCACAACUGCCGCCAUCUGAUCAGCUGGAAGAGAAACCUGAGCACCAAGUUUAUGCCACUGAUCAGGCAUCCACGUGCCCAGACAUAAUUACCAGACUGAUUGACAGGCACUCCGGAUGGUACAAGUUGAAGAGGUCAGUGGCCUACAUUCUGAUAUUGCCAAAGAAGCAUCAUGUUACUGACCUGGUAGUCAGGCAAUACCAUGCUGUCACAGGCCAUUCAGGUUGUGAGCGGGUGCUCACAGAAAUUCGACAGAAAUACUGGAUUCCAAAGGGCCGGAUUGCUGUUAGAAGGAUCAUCACGAGAUGCUUUCCUUGCAGCAAGAGAAAUGCAAAGCCACUGACGCAGCAAAUGGCAGACCUGCCCCCUGAUAGGGUAAAUCAAGCAAAGGGCCCAUUCUGCUUUACUGGUGUAGAUUACUUUGGACCCUUCCAGGUUAAACGGGCAAGGAGCACAGUGAAGAGAUACGGCUGUCUGUUUACUUGCUUGUCAACGAGGGCAAUUCAUAUUGAAAUUGCGGCGUCACUUACAACAGACUCCUUCAUAAAUGCGCUUGUCAGGUUCACUAGCAGAAGGGGACACCCUGAAUUGAUACGGUCAGACAAUGGGACCAACUUUGUUGGGGCUCAGAAGGAGCUAAAACAAGCCAUAAAAGAAUGGAACCAACAGAAGAUAGAAGAUUUUCUACAUCAGAAGGAAAUCCGAUGGACUUUCAACCCACCGGCGGCCAGCAAUAUGGGUGGGGUAUGGGAACGCCAGAUUAAAACUGUAAGAAAGGUAUUGAACGGAGUAGUCAAAGAGCAGAUCAUGGAUGAUGAAGGGAUAUCCACCCUGAUGUGUCAAGUGGAGGCCAUCAUAAAUGGUAGGCCAAUCACAAGACUUUCAGAUGACCCCAAUGAUCUAGAACCGUUAACUCCGAACUACCUCUUGCUGUUUAGGAGCGGUCCCACGCUUCCCCCAGGACUGUUUGGGAAAGCUGACAAGUAUAGCAAGAGACGAUGGAAGCAGGUGCAGUACCUAGCAAACGUAUUCUGGAGAAGAUGGUCUAGGGAAUACCUUACCGGUCUACAAGAAAGACAGAAGUGGACUGCGGAAGUGAGAAACAUCAGGACGGGAGACUUGGUCUUAAUAGUUGAUGAUAAUGCGCCAAGAAACACCUGGCAGCUAGGAAGAGUCAUAGAGGUGUACCCAGGAAAAGAUGGCCUGAUCAGGUCAGGCAAAAUCAGGACACAGCACACUCAGCUGGUGAGACCUGUCAACAAGCUAUGCUUGAUUGAACCUGUGGAGGACACUUCUAGUGCUUUAUAG